GACAUGGCUGGGGACCGCGGUGCUGCCGGGACCCGCCGGCUGAAGCUCUGGCUUGGGGUAGGGGCGGCGGGAGGCGGGGUGGCUUCGGGCCCCGCCCCGGAGGGCCGUUGCAAAAGUUUGCCCUUCGGAUCCUUUUGGGCAGAGUCUGGGCGGGCGAGUUCAGGGGCAGCGAGACCCGGGUGCUGAGCGAGGUGGCUGGACGAGCAGAGUCAGAGAGACCCGAGGCCACGAGCGAGCGACUCCGGAGCCCCGAGCCUGCAGUCUCAGCUGAGACCCGGCAGCAUGCAGCCAGCCCAGGCGCACCCUAAGGACCGAGAGCCUACUUUCAACCUUCUUGCUGGAGCCAGGCCUGCACGCCUGCCGGAACCCACCACCACUAUGCCAAUUGUUCCCUGAAAUGAACGUUCCUGGCGCGCCCUCUCGUGGACUGUGGAGGUAACCAUCUGAUUGCAGGAAGUCAUGGCAACCACGCAUGCGCAGGGCCACCAGCCGGUCUUAGGGAAUGAUACUCUCCGGGAACAUUACGAUUAUGUGGGGAAGCUGGCAGGCAGGCUGCGGGACCCCCCUGAGGGUGGCACGCUCAUCACCACCAUCCUCUUCUUGGUCACCUGUAGCUUCAUCGUCCUGGAGAACCUGAUGGUUUUGAUUGCCAUCUGGAAAAACAAUAAAUUUCACAACCGCAUGUACUUUUUCAUCGGCAACCUGGCUCUCUGCGACCUGCUGGCCGGGAUAGCCUACAAGGUCAACAUCCUGAUGUCCGGCCGGAAAACGUUCAGCCUGUCCCCUACCGUGUGGUUCCUCAGGGAGGGCAGUAUGUUCGUAGCCCUGGGCGCGUCCACCUGCAGCUUAUUGGCCAUCGCCAUCGAGCGGCACCUGACCAUGAUCAAGAUGAGGCCGUAUGAUGCCAACAAGAAGCACCGCGUGUUCCUUCUAAUUGGGAUGUGCUGGCUGAUCGCCUUCUCGCUGGGUGCCCUGCCCAUCCUGGGCUGGAACUGCCUGGAGAACUUUCCUGACUGCUCUACAAUCUUGCCCCUCUACUCCAAGAAGUACAUUGCCUUCCUCAUCAGCAUCUUCACGGCCAUUCUGGUGACCAUCGUCAUUCUGUACGCUCGAAUCUACUUCCUGGUCAAGUCCAGCAGCCGCCGUGUGGCCAGCCACAACUCUGAGAGGUCCAUGGCCCUGCUGCGGACCGUGGUGAUUGUGGUGAGCGUGUUCAUCGCCUGCUGGUCCCCCCUCUUCAUCCUCUUCCUUAUCGACGUGGCCUGCAGGGUGAAGGAGUGCUCCAUCCUGUUCAAGAGUCAGUGGUUCAUCAUGCUGGCCGUCCUCAACUCGGCCAUGAACCCUGUCAUCUACACGCUGGCCAGCAAAGAGAUGCGGCGGGCCUUCUUUCGGCUGGUGUGCGGCUGUCUGGUCAAGGGCAAGGGGACGCAGGCCUCGCCCAUGCAGCCUGCCCUGGACCCCAGCAGAAGCAAAUCGAGCUCCAGUAACAGCCACUCUCCAAAGGUCAAGGGAGACCUGCCCCACGGGGCCACCUCGUCCUGCAGCGUUGACAAAAACAGAUCGCUUCACAAUGGGGCACCCUGCAAGUGACCGUCUCCACAGGGCAGGCUCUGCACUUAUUUAUUGCAUGCAUUACUCCCACAUGGGGCCUUGGAGACCUUGACUUUGGAGGGCUGCUUGAUGUGGCCAGACAGUGUGGGCGUCUCCUGGGGAGGGCACCCAGGGAAUCACCAACACGUUUCAGCCCAGACUUGGACGUGCCUUAUCGGUUGCACGCUCCAUCCUUCCGAAUGUACAGAGCUGCUGACAUCAUCCGCUGCCUCCCGCUGCCACUUCCGGUCCAGGAGGAGGGCAGGCCAUGCGGGGGCGUCUUGGGAUGAUGUCUUGUUAUUUUCACACUACAUUUAUUCUUUCAUAGAAUGGGUGCUCGUGUAUGUGUUUGUCUGUUGCUGUGUCGCACGGGGUGUGCAUACCCCAGGUUUUCCUAGGUGGAGCCCUCGAGAAGCGUCAGCCCUCCACACGUUAUGUAACUGUUUCUCCAAACUUGCCCACCCCGCUGUGCCAGGCUUAAGGUCACCAUGUGGUGAGCUGAUUCGCCUUUUCCAGUGCCGGUGCCCUGGUGUUUUAGAUCAUAGCCGUGAAAGGGUUACUAAAGUCCUGUUGUCUCAAAAGCCUCACCCAAGAGCAGCCCAGGCAUAUGGGUCCUACCCUCACGUCCCUGUGUCUCUCUUAAGCCACCCGAGAGCCAAAUGAUGUGGUAAUUCAGGCAUUUUCUGAAAAUCACAGAAAAGCCAGCCAGGAUCUCUUGGAAUCCGGUAGAUCACUAAAGAAGGUGGCCACACGGUGAGGCAGGGUGUUCUCCAGCGUGGAUCACCGUUCCGAGGGACUGGAGUCCACCUGCUGCACGCAGGAGUUCCAGCGGUGAAGUUUCCAUCAGCCUUACUAGAUCAGGCUGAGGUGAUCCUAUCAGAAGAACGAAAUGCCAAUCAUCCCCUUUGCUGUCACUGACAAGGAGCUGGAGCUAUCAGAAAAGCCUCUCAACUCCCUCAACGUAGACCCUGACCAGGACCAUUCAGUGAGAGGACUCCGCCAGGCUAGGGAGCAUGAUGUCCAUCCCCAUUCCCUUCCGAUGGACGAUCUGCUUCCCUCCACCUGGACCUGCUUUCGUCUGUCACCUUGUAAAGGAAAAGCUCAGAAGAUACCCCUGAACAUCCCCUCCACAAGGGCUCGGCCCACGGGACACACAGAUGGAAAGGGGGUGUGUUGGGGGAGUGGCCAGCUCCCAGAGAAGCCUUCAGAGGGACUCACUUGGGGAACCUCAUCCCAGAGCUCCCCAUAAGGUGAUUAGCAUCUGAGACCAUUGCCUUGUGAACCCUGCAAGGCAGUCUUUACACACCGGGAACCUUUCAAAAGCUGAGUUCACUCUUGGUAGUUACAUAAGCGUUGGUUCUGGCUUAGGGGCAUUUCAUGGGUUCUAGGUAACCAUGGGCUGACUGAUUAAAGACUUUCCUCAUGUCAUGCUUGAUGAACAUAGCAUGAUGCUGAGGUGUUCUGCUGGGGCGUUGCUCUGCUCUUUUCUCUACAUCACUGAGAAAAUAACUUAUUCGCUUGUUGCAGGGCAUGGACAAAAACCCAAAGCAGUCUUGGGAAAGGGAAGCAUGAAGGUGCAGGCUUAAGGAAAAAUAAAUAAGUAACAGCUAUGUGGGUAGGGGAGUUGAGGUGGGAAACAAAGGGCUUGAGGAAGUGCUCUUCCAUACUUGAAAUGCUCUGGGGCCAUGGAUCUGGCAUUAAGUAAUACAUGACACGUGACCCCGACUUUGUGAAAUCCUGUGUCUGCCUCCUUCAGCAGCCUGUGGGGAGCCAUGCCCACCAUUCCCACCAGGAGGCUACAUUUGUGGCACGGCAGACUGUCAAGGAACUGAAAUUAAAAACACACUAAAACCUAACCAUGCUCACCUGACACCUGCAAAACUGACCGAUCACCGUGAUGCCAGUGCACACAUCUUCACUAGCCAUCCAAACAGAGUUUAGACAUAAGGGGUGCCCAAGCCCUCACCCUAAAGGUCAGAAACAAGUGACUCGACACCAGAGAACCUGAGGCCCACCCAACGUAGUAAGCAACCUUUACAGCCUGCAGGUUCUGUGUGUUAAUAGGAAAUAAAACCAAAGCCUUCCUAUAAACUCCCUCUAGAGGUCUGUGGGGCAGACUGUCCUGCUGUUUUUCAGUAGACACACGGAGGGUACAGGGGUUGGUCUUGCUUCUCUCCUGGUACCUGGUCUCACGGGAUUCAGGACCACAUUUUGAAACCCUUUAUCCCUUUAUUCCCCAGCUCCAUCUUGUAGAUGGUGUUAGAAUGAAGCUUUAGUGUACUGGAUGCUGCUGAUGCCAGUCUGGGUAGAUACUGUUUUACUGUUGUUGGUAGUGGUGAGUGUGUGUGUGCGUGCACACUUGUGCAUUACUGAGUAUGCAAGGAGAGAGGCCAGAUGUUGCUCUCCACCUUACUUUUUGGGAGAGAGUCUCUCACUGGAACUGAAGCUAUCUGUUUCGGCUAGACUGACUGGCCAGCAAGCCCGCAGGAUCGUCCUUUCUCUUGCUGGCAUUACCGGCAAAACGGCCAUGUGUGGCUUUUACAUAGGUGCAGGCCAUCCCCCAUGAAGCCAUUUCCCAGCCAGAUCCUAGGUUUCGAAGAAUGGCGAUAGCCCCUUUGUAGGGAAGAAAUCACAAAAGUUAUCAAAUAAAAACGUAGUGCAACCAGAGACUGGGCUCGGCGUGCUGGUGGCCGCAGAGGGCGAGCGAGCCAGCAGAAAGGGCUCACUGUGUUUCCAGUGCUAAGUGCCAGCCCCUAACCUGCAUCCCACACAAAGAGGACCCGUGUUUGGCUUGCUGUUCUGGUGAGGCCACAACCUGUAGUGACAAUCCCCCGUGCAGCCUUCCCACCGCCUGGCACCUCUGACCCGCCCCCGGCCACCAAGGCUCCAGUCAAGUGUUUCUGCCAAGUUACUUUUUUUUUCCUCGUGAGGAAAAACAGAACACCUCCUUUCUAGAGAAAAGUUUCAGUCUUGUCCUCUUGUCUUCUGUGAAGCGUUACAAGACCCAGGGCUGGCGAGCUGGCUCGGCAGACAACGGUACUUGCCUCCAAACUCAACGGCCUGAGUUCCAUACCCAGGACCCACAUGACAGGAGAAAAGUGAUGCCCACAAGUUGUCCUCUGACCUCUACCCAUGCUUUAUGGCACCCACACACACAAAAGCAUAAGCCCCAUCAUGCCUAUCAUGCAAACAAGAGACCCUUUUCACAGUAGCCUUUAUUGCCAACAGACUUACACCUACAGUCACUGACACAAUUAACUAUUUGAAAAUGGUUUCUUCUCUCAGUCUUUGAGCCAUGGUUAUCCUGUGUGCUGGGAGAGAGCCGUUCACAGAAAGGUGCAUCUUAGAGAAAACGUCUAAUUACAUCGCUGGCUCCAUGCUUUGGAAACUGUAUGGACAAAUGCAAAAACCUCAUCACCCCAAAUGCUUUUAGUGUCUAAGUCGGGGGGGGGGGGUGAGCAGAGGGGCUGCUAUGGAAUCAGAGGUGCAUCGACGGCUGUGCGGAUGAUGAAGGCACACAUUCUGGGACCUAGUCAUAACCGGAAGAGCAGCAGUGUCUAGAGGAGUUGGCCUGCCGCCUGCUACACCGGGGCCAUGGGGAGGGGAUGCUACUCACGGCCUCCUCUUGCUCAUCCCAGAAGCUCGGGUGUGAUGUUUCAGGCCCACGGUGAAGGCCAUGAGCCUGGAAGCAACAUCACGGAGGUGAGGGAAUCCAGGCCAAUUACCUUCACCUGUUACAUCUUGGGAAUCUCCAAAAGUUCGUCAAAUCAUCUAAGUUUUAUGGUAGAAAAAUGAGAGAAAACUUGAAGUUGGUUUUAUAGUUCUGCUCCUCAUGGGUGACUUAGGGAGCCAAUUCCAUGCCAGUAUCAAAGUAGAAAGGGAGGCUGGCCAUAUGCACAGACAGACUGCUGUUACAGCAAUUGCUUGUGUUUCACAAAAGUUAACAGAAACAAAAAAAAAACCUCAAAUAUUCACAUAUCAAUAUGUAUAACUGGCCAUCCAGGUGCUUUUGAAAAGCUAGUAAAAUACCUUGUCACAUAUUACAUUUACCGAGCCAUCUCCGACAUCCGGGGACUUUAGACGUUAAAUGAUUCACUCUGAAUACAAAGAAAUCCACAUAAUUUCACAAUACGCAGAAACAAGUUACCCCCAAAAGUCAGCCGAACAGAGAAACACUCAAUUGGCAACUCACACGUAGUGUUCAAAAGAAGAAAAUGGAGGAAAAGGAACGCAUUGUCCCGGGACAGGGUGGUCCGCUCGUCUCUGCCUUGGGAGCUGUUGCGUGGCUCCAGCGUGAGUGACUUUGGUUGUGGUGAAGGUGUUUCCUCCAGCGUGAACCUGGGGCAGCUCAGGUUCAGGUUCACUCCACAGGCACGGUCCUCUACGGACAGUGGGCACGCAGAGCUGUUCGUUUCCUGCGCUUUCUCUCUUUCAUCCUAAGAGAGGAAUCAUAGGUGUGUUUGGUGGGGGGCUGGGGGGACCUCAGGGACUCACUUACCCAGCCCAUCUGAGACAGCAGCGAGAGGAAAGGAGAGCUCACUCAGCCCACUCUCCAGCCAUCUGCUGACACCAGCAGUUCCCGUGAAGGGUUACAGCUUGAACUUUCGCACCGGGCUCCUCCGGGCUCUACAGCGCCACCUACCGUGCAAAGCCUUCAGCACCCCGGCUCAGUCCUGAGCACUGAAAGGCCUCCCUCAUCCCAACACUUCCUGGUGUGUGUGUGUGUUGGGGGCGGGGUUUCUACUAGAUUAUAAACAAGUCCCCGCAGGGCCUGCUACACAGAAUACAAAAAUGUGGCCAGGAAGGCUGGCAAGCCAAGUCAGGUUGUGCCUAGGCUGUACCAACAAAAGAUGAGGGGUCUGUGGGUGUUUCCCCUUCUCUUUUUCUUCUGUCCAACACCUGCCUCUUCCCUGUCUUCUGCUGGCUGCUCCCCACCUUCUGUUUAGUUCUGUGGAGACACAUCCUCACACAGCCUAGGUUAGCCUUGAACAGCUGACCCUCCAGCCUCCACUGCCCACGUGCUGGAGUUAGGGACGUGCACCACCUACACCUGGCUUGCUUUCCCUCCGUCACAGAGCAGACCUGCAUGUGGACACACACGAGCUGAAGUGCACAUUCCAUCUGAAUGGAGGAAAGUUUGUGUGUGUGUGUGUGUGUGUGUGUGUGUGUGUGUGUGUACGUAAUACACACAUGCAGUUCACGCUCAAAAGCCCUGGUAUAAAGUUCCAUUUUUUUUUUUUCCUGGCUGCUAUAAAAUGUGCCAGUUUUAAAACUGUGCAUUUGUUGCUUGCAAACUUAUAAAUAUGUAUAAACCCCAUUAUAAAUAAAUCUCGUCUGGCAGAUGGCAUUUUAUCUCCCAGCCACAGUU